GUUACGAGUGAACUAUUAGAGUUUCUCCAAGAUACGAGAAGAGGGGAAUGCGCUGCGUAAAGCUUGGGAAGCCCCGGAGAUUGGCAGUAGGAAAACGACGCGAGCGCACUCGGUGCCCCCGUGCGGUCACGCUCCUGAACGUGCGUGGCCGCGGUGCGCGACGGUUCUUUGACUCGGCGCCGAGAGUCAGUCAACCCGGUGACGGCUUGCUGGUGGUGUUGUUCUCUUUCAAGCGGGAUCCUCGGCGUUUACGAGCUCGAGCGAAGACGGCGAACGCGCGCGUCCGCGUGUGUGCGUGCAUCGGGAGUACAACGCCUGAUAACAACGUGCGUCGACUGAGAACGUGCGUCAAGUUGAAGAACUACAUACUUGUCGCCGAUCUUGGGGAGAGAUCGGACUCGUUUGUCGCGCACGAAAGUACGCGAUCGGUGAGGAAAACAGAAGAAAGAGAAAGACAAGACGAACAGACGGCCGCCGGGAAAAUGCGAAAAGCCCGCAAUGCGCGCGAUCGACAGGUGACACGUUCCCGCUGAAACGUGGAAGAGCCCGCCGCGAGUCUCGUCGCGAAAAACGAGGUGCGUCCUUCGCUCGGCACUACGCAAUGGGUCGCCAACGAACUCGCCGCUGAGCGAGGUAUCGAGAGAUCGAUCGUUCGGCGCGAUCGAAACGUCGGAUCGGCGCGCGUGAUCCGUCGUUUGCGACGUUCCUCCGGGAGAAUCUCUGAUCACUCAGUGGGAUGAGACCAGGAAGCGCGCGUGAUCCCUGAGUCAAGAUCGAUCUAAGCGGCUCUAAUCGACAGACGAGGGCUCGAGUCUCUUGCGUCGGGAUUACGAAGUUGCAACAGCGGAAUAACGUCCAAGGUAUCCUCAUGAGCGGAGCGUGUCCCUGCUCAUGAAACUACAUCUCGACGAGACCUUGGAGUACGUGUAGGUUUGUUCACGGUAAAUCGAAGCUGUAGCCAUUGGCGAGAAGGCGCACUGAGGAAUCCACACCACAAGUCCACACCGCUCUCGACGCUCCGCGUUUGUCCUUCACCAACGAGGCGCGAUCGCUUCUGGAGCAAUCCGACGGUGAAAGGAGCAAUCUCAACGGAAACCUUUGACGGCCACUGUAGCGUUGCUUGUUAUCGGCACGUACGUUAUCGGCACGCGCGUUCUUGAAGAAACUCUGAUACUUUAUCCACCAACGAUCCGAGCUACCGGCGAGCUCGGCAAGAUUUACGGACAACUCAUCGGGAACUUCAGAACGACCAACAGACGAGCAACUGGUGCGUCCGCCGCGAUGGAAGACGAGCUACGUUGUCCUUGCUGCAAGGAACUGUUCGUGGAGCCGGUGCUGUUGCCGUGCUGGCACGCGUUGUGCUUAUCGUGCGCGGUGAAUCUGCAGGCACCGCCGGACUCACCGCCGGAGUCGACCGCCGAUUCUUCAAACGCACCCGGCUCCGAUCAGGAAGCCGACAAAUUGUCGAUCCUGUCGGAGACCGACUCCGGCGUGGUGUGCAGCAGCACGUCGACCAGCUCAAGACCGGGUAGCUACGUCGGCACCCCGGGCAACGGUGGUUUCCCGCCGUCCGGCGGCACUCUCUGUCUCUCGUGCCCUGUCUGCCAGAAGACGGUCUACUUCGACGAGGGCGGCGCCCAUAAUUUGCCCAAGUAUCGGGCGAUGCAACACAUCGUCGACAAGUAUCAGGAGUCGCGCAACACGCGGAUGCAAUGCCAGAUGUGCGAGGGAGAGCCACGCGACGCGACCGUCGCGUGCGAGCAGUGCGAGGUUUUAUACUGCGAUGCAUGCAGGGAAUCCUGUCAUCCGAAAAGGGGCCCACUGGCGGCCCAUAAUCUGGGACCUCCGAGAGGCAGCUGGCAAUCGAGCGGGAGCAAGGGAUCCCGUGGCCUGGGGCCGGAAGGUACGCCAGUUUGCAACGACCACAAUGGCGAAGCGGUGACCCUUUAUUGCGCUUUGUGCAAAAUCGCGAUAUGCGCCCUGUGUCUUCGUGAUCGUCACGCCGCGCAUCCUCACGACGUGCUGCCGUUGGCUGCUGCCUGCAAAGCUCAAAAAACGGAGCUGUCGCAGAACCUGCAGCAGCUGUCGGAGAGGGCCCGCUCGACGACCGAGUUCAUUCAAAGGCUCAAAGGAAUGACGGAUAAAGUGCACGAGGAGUGCGUGGCGCUCGAGGAGGAGGUCGAGGACCGAGUGGCGAAUCUGGUGAGCCUGCUGCAGGCGAGAAAGUCGCGGCUGAUCGAAGCCGCUCGGCAGACCAGGGAGGCCAGGGUACGCUCGCUGCGGGACCAGGUGGCGAGAUGCGCCACGCACCUGCAGGCGACCACCGCGCUGCUCACCUUCUGCAUCGAGGCGCUCAAGGAGACCGACAGCGCGGCCUUCCUGCAGAUCGGCGGCAUGUUGUCGGUCCGGGCGGCGACCGCCGCCGGCUCCUGGGGUGGCGCCGAGGGCGUACAGGAAAUCGCCCGUUUGCCAUUGCUGGAUCUCACCCUGGACGACAAGCCGCUGCGUCGCGCCAUCGAUCAGCUCACCUUCGUCCAGCUGAAACCGUCAGAAGGAGAGGAACGAUUUCCAACAGCAGCACCCGGAGCGCCUCUACUGAUCCCCGAAGAGUGUAGCGCCGAGAACAACAGCGUCACCGUUGCCUGGCAGCCGCCACCUGGACACGGAAUUAUGGGCUGCGCCGGUCAGAGGGGUCCCGCCAUCGAGGGCUAUCUCUUGGAGCUCGAUGACGGCUGCGGCGGGGAGUUCAGGGAGGUGUACUGCGGCCGGGAGACCAUCUGCACGGUGGACGGGCUGCACUUCAACUCGCUCUACAACGCCAGGGUGCGGGCGUUCAACAGCGCGGGCGAGGGCGAGUACUCGGAGCUGAUCGGCCUCCAGACCGCGGAGGUGGCGUGGUUCUCGUGGGCGACCGGAGCAGCCGGCAUACCGCAGGAGGUGUCCAUAUCUGAGGAUGCGAUGAGCGCGUCCUGCGAAGGCUACGAGCACCGUGUGGUCCUCUCGAGCGUCGGCUUUUCGCGGGGUGUGCACUACUGGGAGCUGACCAUCGAUCGAUACCAUAGUGACACCGAUCCGGCCUUCGGUAUCGCUCGGGCCGACGUGUCGCGCGAUCAGAUGCUGGGUAAGGACGACAAGGGCUGGAGCAUGUACAUAGACCGACAACGCUCGUGGUUCAUGCACGGCGGCGGUCACGCGCAGAGGACGGACGGUGGCGUUCAGCAAGGCUCGACCGUCGGCGUGCUGCUCGACCUUGAGACCACGCACACGCUGCGCUUCUUCGUCAACGAUCAGCCGCAGGGCGGUAUCGCCUUCCGCGAUCUCUACGGCGUCUUUUACCCGGCGGUCAGUCUAAACCGCGGCGUCACGGUGACCCUCCACACCGCCUUGGACGUGCCGCGUCACCUGCUGGCGCUUCAUGAGGAGUACAUCAGCGACAUUGUUCAGAGCUAGGGGUACCUCAACGUCCUCAAGAAAGGUCUGUCUGUGCAGGAGCUCGGCUCGCCCUUAGGUCCGCUGCUGUACGUCGACCGGUGCAGGGACUUCGAGUCGGCGGGCCAGUUGCUGGAGAAGAUCGUCGAGGAGAGUCCGGUUGACGUUAACUGAUCGGUCUCCGUGUACGGCCGCCGAUCGAUUGUAGUCUCGGCUUUCUGCGAUAUUUCUUGGCAGCGUCGUUGAGGUCUCUCGGAAUCACACUCUGAGAUGUCAGACGCGGAUGAGCGCCGAAUAGGUCUCGAUUCUACGGCGAGGUUGCACGGCGCGCGAAAAGGAAGCGUUGGUGUUUCUUUAGUCUCCUCGGGGACAAUAGUACGCUCUAUGUACGUGUGUGUACAUUUUGAUUUGUCUUAAGGACGUGCUCGAGCCGUGUUGAGGAGAAAAAAUGUUUCUUGCGAGUAUCCGCGAUACUCAGCUUGCAGCUCGCACGGCUACUUUCCAGCGGAAAGUGUGAGGAAACGUUUCGCGUAGAAAACGUAGCGCUCUCGUGACCGUCGAACUUUUUACUCGAGCUACUCAAGAAUUUGUUGUCCCUGAGGAUGUUAAUCCGCAUGAAACGUACUCGCGCCGGAAUAUGAACGGAGUCCACGAGAGAAAUAACGAUUCAACAGGUCCGGAAACUUCGACAAGAAGGUUUCCGACGGAGGCGUAUAUACCGUUGACCUUUUCGAAUUCGCUGAGAGCUCGAGAAACUGAGACUUAGAAGCGAGACUGCAGUCGAAAUUGGAAUCGCUUUACUGAUUUCACGCGAUCGGGAAUCGUGCUGAACGGGGCAUCUCGACAAUAUCGAUAACAAGUCGCGAAUACCCAAACGGAAGAAAUAAAGGAAUACAGAACGUGCUGUAAAAUCACUCGUAGAAUGUGAGGGAGGAAAGAAGGAAAGAAAGAAGAAGGAUCACUUUAUUCCGGAGAGUCAAUGAGACUGAAAUAUAUCAUUCACGCACACACGUCGCGCGAUCCAGCGCAUCUCUUACGUUAAAAUACUACGAAAGAGCCAACAUAUAAAAAGAUCCCUCCGACACGCUGAAAAUCGGUCCAUUUUUUACUUACGCCGCACCCCGCCACGGCGCAGAGCAAAGAAGAUAUUUUUUCCUAACGCUCCUAAAGUAUGUUUCUUUAUCUCGAACGAUUAUCUCGAUAAAAAACCUAACGCACUUCGAGGGGCCACGUUCCCGACGUCGGUCCAACUAACUGCGACUCUCCGUCUACGUUACGAUCGACCUUUCGUCGACGAUCUAAGAUAUGUAUUCGUUGGCUAAAUUACCAGAUACUCGACCGACGGCGGCUCUCGGAAGCAAGGAGACGUCCAUUAGCAAAUAGCCAAGUAUCGUCGCCGACGAACUUUAUUGAGAAGCGACGUUACCGGAGGAGAGGCGAUCAAUCGGGUCGGUCCGGUAAGAUCGCGCCGAGUGCCGAAGAGUCGCCUUGAAUAAGAGUGCCUCUUGCGGAAUUCAUCGGUUGACAGAGGGAGAAGCGCGAGCGAGGUAUCGCUCGUUCGCAGGCAACCUCUCCUUUUCUCUCUCUCUCUCUCUCUCUCUCUCUCUCU